AAGAGUCUAACACUGUUAUAUGUUUCUCUAGCAGUAAAAAGAUAAUGUUAGGCUAUAAACAGACUACAUUGCCAUCACUUGACUUAAACAUCACCACCACUGAGCGUCUAUUCUAUGAUUUUUUUUAGAUCCUUCUCUGUGCGGCAGCCAUGUUUGUGAGCGAUACGAUGUAGUUCACUGAGCGGUUAAACACAAAACCAGAUGAUGUUUUACUUUAUUUACAACAAACUGCGACUUUCUUGACCUGGAAAAUCAUCUUUUAAAUCAACAAACAUCACAUGUAGACCGUGGCGCAGUUUAAAAACAAGUAAUCUUUCUCCCUCUGUGUGACUUCAGGUCUCACUUACAUGCAGCGUCCUCUUGAGACAUUAAACUACGUUUUUCCUCCAUAAAACAUGUAAACACACUUUAAUGUGUCAAAUUGUUGGAGCUACCCUUUAAAUGAAAUAUGUGAAUACCUUCUCCAACACUGGAUGUGAUGGAUGUGGAGGGCUGUCACUGGGAGGCUGGCCCCCGUCGCCCCGCCUCCCCUCUCGUCCUCCCCGCCCUCCUCCUCUCGGAUGCGGCCACCCAGCGGACACUCUGCUGCCUGUUGAGAUCAGUGAGCAGCUGAAGUCCGGAGCGGAGACACGCAGUGGGACGUUUCCUCUCAACACUUUGGAUCUAUAAAGUAAACUCUGCUGUUUUAUGACCUUGCAGAAGAAACGCUGUGUCCAUUUUUUUUUUACGCACGGCGACGCUCUCACUUUUUGGUUUUUUGGUUUGGAUCCUUGUGUCGGAGGUGAAGAUGCUUCAGACGAAGUGAGAGAAGAGGCUCCUCCGUCCUUCGGGACAUUUAAGGACGUCCAGCUGUGUGCCUCUGGGACAUACGUGCUGUCUGCAUGGAUUGGAUUUAAACGUCGUCUGUAUUUUACGCACCGUUUUGUAUUUUACGCACCGUUUGGACUAAACGAUCUCCAGAGCGCAGCGCCCUGUCUCCAAUGAAAUAUCUCCCCGCUGUGGAUCGACUCAGUAAGCGGAUCGAGCUCAGUGAGACCAGCCACAGUGCGAAGCCUCGUCCCGGUGCCGUGGUCUCUCUCUUGACCCCUCUGGACCCACUUCGACAGGCAAAGCGGCUUCCUAUCCGAGUCAUCAAGAUGUUGACUGCGCACACUGGACACCUGCUUCACCCCGAGUAUUUACAGCCUCUGACGUCCGCACCAGUGAGCAUCGAGCUGGAUGCCAAGAAGAGCCCCCUGGCCCUGCUGGCACAGACCUGCUCUCAGAUCGGUAAACCAGACCCUCCGUCCUCCUCCAAGCUGAGCUCCUCCGGCAGCCAGGGGGACAAGGAGCCCAGCAGCCGGUCAUCCGUCUCCAGCCUGAAGCUCGGGGAGCACCGUCCCUCCAUGGAUGACAAGUGUAGCUUCAAACCCUACAACAAAGGCGUUGGAGACGGUCGCAGGGAGGGAGUCACCAGCAGCAGCUCCAACAACACCAGCAGCAGCAGCGAUAAAGUCGGGUUCAGGGUACCCAACAAUAACGUCAACACUAAUGGGAACUCAACCACUGGCCAGCAGUCGUAUCCGCCCCACUCUGCUUCACCCAGCUCCAGAGCCACCCCACCAGGACACACUCAGCAGCAGCCUCACAAACAGAGCCAGUCUCCUGGUGGACAGUCACACUCCCAGACUCUGAAUGGAGACGCCGCACAUGAGCGGGGCAGUCCGACCAGCACGAGCAGCAAUAACAAUCACCCAAAAAAGGACGCGGACGUAAAUAAGAACAACUCGGACGGUCCACACGAUGCUAACUCCAGCCACGCUCGAGCCAGCACAAACUGCAGCAACGGCAGCUCUGACGGUGGCUCCAACCACGAGGGGGGAGGUAAAGCCGAGUCGACGCAGCCGAGCCUCGGCCCCGGACGCAUUACGCCAAUUUCUCCUUACAAGACAAGCCAGCCGCUCUUCCCCCUGCCCUCCUCUAACAUGGGCUACCACGGGUCUUUAGUGGGAGCUUACGCAGGCUACCCGUCUCAGUUUGUUCCCGGGUUGGAUCCGACUAAGUCGAGCCUCAGCAUUGGAGGGAUGGGAGUUCCUGGCAAGCACCCGAGCUCCAGCCCUCUCACGGGUGCCUCCCCUCCCUCCUUCAUGCAGGGUUUGUGCAGGGACCCCUACUGUCUGAGCUACCCGAAUGUAUCCCAUCUCGGCGGAAGCAACUGCAACUCCUGCAUCCACGACCCCUCCUCCACCCUCAAAUCAAACUUCCCACUGGUGUACCCCUCCCACCCGCUCCACUCCCUCCACCAGAGCUCCAGCGUGUCCUCCUCCCUCUCACACCCCCUCUACACCUACGGCUUCAUGCUCCCCAACGACCCCCUGCCCCACGCCUGUAACUGGGUGUCAGCCGGGGGGCCCUGCGACAAACGUUUCACCACGUCGGAGGAGCUGCUGGCUCACCUGCGCACGCACACGUCCCUGCCUGUGGGGAUGGACAGUAAGCUGCUCUCGGUUUCCUCCUCUGGACCUGCCUCCUGCCACCUCCACCUCCCCCACCAGAGCAGCCCAGGCUCCAUGCCCAGCUCCCUCUCCCUCAGGGCUCCACCCAGCCUGGGUUUAGCUCGCUAUCACCCCUACAGUAAAGUCCAUCUACCCCCUGGACCCUCCUCCAUCUCCCUGCACUCUCUGCCCACAACAGGCCCGUACUACCCCCAUUACGCCCUCUACAGUCAAAGACUCGGAUCAGCAUCUGCUCUGGGCUACCCGUGAUACACCAUCUGCUCACAUGUUUAAAGGAGUAGUUCAGCAUUUUGGGAAAUAUGCUUAUUCACUCUCUGGCAGAGGGGUAGAUGAGAAAUAUGAUACCACAGUCCAGAUCAGCUUAGCUUCGCACAAACACUGGAAACAGAGGGAAACAGGAAGUUCCCUGAUGUGUCAGGGUAAAUUAUUUCUUGGUCUCUCAAAGAAAUAAUCUGAAAUAGCAACCCUUUUUUACAGUUUUUGUAUGAUUAAAGGAGAAUUUUUUAAGGGCCAGAAUUUUAUUUGAAUGCAUCCAAAGACUUAAUCAAUCAGAAGCAAAACUUACCAAAACAGUGUUGGUUUGUGUUUACACAAUCCUCAGUUCGGCGAAUAAGAUGGCGCUUCUUUCCACACUGUAAAUCGCCUCCUUACCCGAGUCGUCAAAUUAACCACUGUGACCACCGUGAGACACUGUGUUCAGUCCCAGUUUGGUGUCCAGCCAUGUUCACUGUCAGGUUGCCACUGGCUCCAUGGCUAUGUGAGCCAUGAGCCAAGUAGCUAGAUUAGCUGAGAUUAGGAAUGGGACGAUACAACGAUUUUGUGUCAUGGUUUUCCUCGUUUAAGUAAUUGCGAUUCACAGCGUUAUCCUAAUAAUCCUAAAAAUCUGCUCAAAACACUUUAAAUCGCACUAAAACAUACUAGAAUCACUUUGCUUUACAUAUAAAGGAAACAAAUUAUUCAUUUGUUUUAUUACCGAACAAUCAACUUUGUUAGGGAACCAUAUUUUAUCGAAAAAAUCACUCAAGUGAAGAUUUACCAUAUUCACAAAUUCACUUUUAUCCCAAUAAUUAAGAAUCCCCGCAAUUAACUUAUCACAAACGUUUAGGUGAACAGCAAUAACGACUAAAUUGAUUUAUUUGGGCUGAGCCAGGCUUGAUGUUUCCACCGGUUUCAAGUCCUUGUGCUAAACUAAGCUAACUUUUAGCUAUUUAAUGGACAGAUAGAAGAGUGGUAUUAUCCUUCUCAUCUUACGUACCGCCACAAAGAUAAUCAGCAAAUUUGACAAAGUAUUGAGCCAUAACUUUAAAUUUGUACUCAAUCGCUGCAAGUUGCUGCUUCCUGUGACUUCAGACUGGAUUCAAGUGGAACUGGGAUGGGAGAGCAAGUCCUGGAUCUUGACUUGAGCACAUCUUCACUCUUUGUUUCUACAUUAUAUAAGAGGUUUUUUUUUCUAAUCAGGCCCCACUCCUACAGAUCAGAGGACAAAUGUGGCUCUCGCAUGGCUGCACAAUACUCGGAUACUUCUGCAACGGAUGCGACUGCCCCCCCCCCCCUUUGGUGACGAAUCGAUGGUUGGACGCUGUGUGAUAGCACUUGGAUGUUCAGGGUUCUCAGACGAUGGUGAUGAUGUAGUGCAGAGAAAUGUUGCGCAACAGGGAUGGCAAUAAGCUGCAGCCGUGGACCGAAGUCCGGCCACAGUCGCUUUCUCCCUGCGAGAGAUGCAUGUAAGCUCGACACAGCGAACACACGUAACUGUUUAUUCAGCCCUGAUGGUUUGUGAUGAUUUGUUUUGGUUCCUUAUGUUUUGUUUAUUCCUACUGAGAACUUGUAUUUAUUUUUCACCAGGAAUCUGGCUUUCAUGUUUACCAUCUAUUCUCAUUUUACAGUCCUCUGAGCAGACAUGUGGGAAGCCGGAUGACAGAUGUUUAAUAUUUCGUGUCUUAACACUUUUGCGAGAAUGAUGAAUGUUGAAAUCACAUCUCUCUCUCCCUCUCUCUCUCUCUCUCUCUCUCUCUCUCUCUCUCUCUCUCUGAACUCCUCAGCUUUUUUUCUUUUUCUUAUUCUCACAGCAAAUCAAUGAAAAAUGAGAUGUGAUAUUUUUUGUAUAAUUGGAAUACCGUGUGGUGGUAUCCAGUUAAAGGGGAGGUCAUAUUUUGUUAAAUAAAUCACACUGAAGCUGUU